GGGUCUGAAAAAACAUGGGCCUCUGUCCGGCGUGGGCUCGGUUCUGGUUCCCAGGGUUGCAAGCCUGGGGGUUGCGCUCGGUGCACGAGGCAGCUGUGCAGACCCCUCCACUCUGGUUGGCAGAGCGACUUGGUCUCUUUGAGGAGCUCUGGGCUGCUCAGGUCAAGAGGUCAGCAAGCGCUGCCCAGAGGGAAGGCCGGGCGAUUCAGAUAACGCUUCCCGAAGGCCAGAGAGUGGGCGCUGUGGCGUGGAGCACGACCCCCUACCAACUAGCCCAGCAGAUCAGUUCAACACUGGCAGAUACUGCAGUGGCUGCCGAAGUGAACGGAGAACCUUAUGAUCUGGAUCGACCCUUGGAGACAGAUUCUGACGUCAGAUUUCUGACAUUUGAUUCCCCAGAGGGGAAAGCAGUGUUCUGGCACUCCAGCACUCAUGUCCUGGGGGCAGCAGCGGAACAGCUCCUAGGCGCCGUCCUCUGCCGAGGUCCAAGUACAGAAGGUGGUUUCUACCAUGAUUUCUUCCUGGGAAAGGAGCGAACUGUCCAGGGCUCAGAGCUGCCUGUUUUGGAGAGGGUUUGCCAGGACCUUGCAGCUGCUGCUCUACCCUUCCGGAGGCUAGAGGCUUCCCGGGAUCAGCUUCACCAGCUCUUCAAGGAUAACCCUUUUAAGCUUCAUCUGAUUGAAGAGAAAGUGACAGGUCCAACAGCAACAGUGUACGGGUGUGGCAUGUUGGUUGAUCUUUGCCGGGGCCCCCACCUGCGGCACACUGGACAGAUUGGAGGACUGAAACUGCUAACGAACUCCUCAUCCUUGUGGAGGUCUCCGGGGGCCCCAGAGACUCUGCAGCGGGUGUCAGGGAUCUCCUUCCCCACAGCAGAGGGGCUGCAGGCCUGGGAAGAGUGGAGGAAGGAAGCUGAGUUGCGGGACCACCGGCGCAUUGGGAAGGAACAGCAGCUCUUCUUCUUCAAUGAACUGAGCCCUGGGAGCUGCUUCUUCCUGCCACGAGGGACAAGGGUGUACAACGCACUGGUGGAUUUUAUCAGGGCUGAGUACGCCCACCGGGGUUUCUCAGAAGUAAAAACCCCCACGCUGUUUUCUACGCAACUAUGGGAACAGUCAGGACACUGGGAGCAUUAUAGGGAUGACAUGUUUGUCCUGAAGCCCCCUGGUUCUGACAGACCUGCCAGCUCCUUGGGAGACCACUGCACCAGCUCUCAAGCCCACUCCACACUUGCCCUCAAGCCCAUGAACUGCCCUGCACACUGCCUGAUAUUUGCCCACCGGCCCAGAUCCUGGCGAGAGCUGCCCCUGCGACUGGCAGACUUCGGGGCCCUGCACCGGGCUGAGGCUUCAGGCAGUCUGGGAGGACUGACUCGGCUGCGGUGCUUCCAGCAGGACGACGCCCACAUCUUCUGUGCCCCAGAGCAGCUGGAAGCAGAGAUCCGAGACUGCCUUGAUUUCGUUCGCUCUGUCUAUGCUGUCCUCGGGUUCUCCUGCCGCCUGGCACUGUCCACUCGGCCAGCGGAUUUCCUAGGGGAGUCUUGCCUGUGGGACCAGGCUGAGCAGGUCCUUCAACAGGCCUUAGAAGAAUUUGGGGAGCCCUGGGAGCUCAACCCAGGAGAUGGGGCCUUCUAUGGGCCUAAGAUUGAUGUGCACCUCCAGGACGCCUUGGGGCGGCCCCAUCAGUGUGGGACAAUCCAGGUUGACUUCCAACUACCCCUGAGGUUUAACCUGCAGUACAGAGGGCAUGCGGGGGCCCUGGAGCGGCCAGUCCUCAUUCACCGAGCAGUGCUUGGCUCCGUGGAAAGAAUGUUGGGCGUGCUGGCAGAAAGCUGUGGGGGGAAAUGGCCAUUGUGGCUGUCCCCCUUCCAGGUGGUGGUCAUCCCUGUGGGGCCCGAGCAGGAAGAAUAUGCCAGGGAGGCACAGCGGAGCCUACAGGCCGCAGGACUGGUUGGCGACCUGGAUGCUGACUCUGGACUGACCCUCAGCCGGAGAAUCCGCCGGGCCCAGCUGGCCCACUACAAUUUUCAGUUUGUGGUUGGCCAGCAAGAGCAGAGCAGCCGCACCGUGAACAUCCGGACUCGCCAUAAUCAUAGACUUGGAGAGCGCAGCCUGGCGGGGGCAGUGGGGCGGCUGCAGGAGCUCCAGAGCGCCAGAGUCCCCAAUGCGGAGGAAGUGUUCUGAGCCUUGUCCCAGCCGCCUGGCAGGGAGCAGCAGUCCAGCUCAGCCGAGGGUCUGCAGUCCCUGGCCUCCCUCCCCUUUGAACCAAGACUGGGGUUGGUGACCCUGGGGAGGGAAGGGCACUAUAGCUGCUUGGCUGUGAGAGGAGUGAAACCGGGUAAUAAAUGUUGAGCCACUC